CUGAUGCUUCAGCCCAUCUCUCCUGUCAGUGUCCCUGCAGAUCACAGCAGCAUUCUGCACAAUGCCAAGGGGAUUUCUUGUAAAGAGGAACCGAAGACCCUGUGGACCUUACCGGAUUCCUUGUGAGGACAAUGGACCUGCCCAAUCUCUGCCCACCCCAUCAGCUCUGGACACCAUGGUGCCUUAUUACUCCCCCAUGAUCUCAGAGACUACUGCAGAGAAGGACAAACCAGUCCAAACUCAUGAAGACCCCCCAAGACCCUCUAAGGACAUCUCCCCAUUGAAAUUUAAUGGGGGAUUAGAGCACCUGGGGCACUGGAACCAGAUCCCCCCUUACAGCCCUAUACAACCUGUAGGCUUGGAUAUGAAAAAAACUUUCUUCAAGCGUUAUCUGAGUUCUCCAGCUACAGCUGAGUCCUUCCCUGUGGCUGCUUCAAUGACCUCCAUGGAGAAGCUCUUCUCCCACCAUAAUAACCCUUUCCUGACACCAGAAUCCAAGCUCCAUGCCAACUUGUGUUCCAGGGAUUCUGCCAGGGCACCCAAGCCUCCCACCAAGAAGCCUAAAGCCAGCAGGAAGCUCCACUUUACAGAUGAGGUGACCACCUCUCCAGUGCUGGGGCUGAAGAUCAAAGCUGAAGAACCUGAUGCCAAAGCUCGUGGCCCCCUGGCCAAGCGCCCACCCCUUGGAGAGUUUAUCUGCCAGCUGUGCAAAGAGCAGUACCCUGAUCCUUUUGCAUUGGCACAGCACAAGUGCUCCAGGAUUGUCAGAGUUGAGUACAGAUGCCCAGAGUGUGACAAGAUCUUCAGCUGCCCUGCUAACCUGGCAUCGCAUAGACGAUGGCACAAACCCAGGACUCUGGGCAACGAGGGGCAAGUGGGCAAGAAGAUGCCCAUCCUGCUGGAGGGGAAGGAGAACAGCAGUGUCCGCAGUGCUCCACUGAGCCUGGUAGAGCAGAGUCCUCGCCUUCAGCACCAGCAUAGUGUGGACAGCUCCCAAAUCCCAGAUCAGCACCUGAGACCAGGGAACAGCUCCUUCCAGGGCAGAGAGGAUGCCCAGACCCCUGUCUCCCAGGCUGCAUCUGAAGAAGGUGAGGAGGAGGCAUUUCACUGCCCAUACUGCCACAAGAGGUUCAGAAGACAUGCCUACCUGCGCAAACACCUGCUCACCCACCAGCCCUAUGGACCUAUGGAGAGAGGUGGGCAGCUGACCUACCCCUGCACCCUCUGUGGGGUCCACUUCCCAUCAGUAGACAUCAGAGACAAGCACAGGCUGUGGCAUGCAGUUAGAGAAGAACUUCUGCUGCCACUUGAAGAAGCUCUGGUGGCUGAAGGUGGGCAGCAAAUCUUCCCCUGUGCAGUCUGCCCCACUGCCUUCUUCAGCUCCCCUGGUCUCAGCUUACACAUGAACAAAUGCCAUUCCUCAGAAAGCAGACCAGACCUACCCCUGCCAACACCACCGCUGCCCCUGAGACCUGGCUGCUGAAGACUAUGCCAGGUGCUCCUGGUACCCAGAGGGGUGUGUAAGAAGAUUUAUCGGAUCUGAAAAAAUAAAAAUGUAAAUAAAAUUCAAGAUGUAACAGGUUGCUUUGUAACAGCUGGAGGCACCCUGUAGUUUUGCAACAGCUGGAGGCACCAUGGUUUUGAAACACUGAUUUAUGUAAACAAAAUUCAAGAUGUAACAGGUUGCUUUGUAAAAGCUGGAGGCACUCUGUAGUUUUGCAACAGCUGGGGGCACUCUGUAGUUUGGCAACAGCUGGAGGCACCCUGGUUGUAAAUGUAUUUAUAAGCUUUAAACAUUUUUUUUGUUUUGUUUAUAUAGACCAGUGUUUCCCAACCAGGGUGCCUCCAGCUUUUGCAAAACUACAACUCCCAGCAAGCCGGGACAGCCUUUGGCUGGUUGUAAAUUUAUUUCUAAGCAUGAAAUAUUUUUUUGUUUAUAUAGAGCAGUGUUUCCCAACCAGGCUGACUUCGGGUAUGCUGGGAGUUGUAGUUUUGCAACAGCUGAAGUCAGACUGCUCUAUAUAAAAAAUAUUUCAAGCAUAUAAAUUACAACCAGGGUGCCUCCAGCUGUUGCAAAACUACAGGGUGCCUCCAG